UGGCUCCCGCUCCCUGCCAUGUAGACACCAAGUCCGUCCCUCUCCUUUUUAUAUCAGCUGAGAGCUCAGGCCAGGGGGACGCGCAGGGACCGGAUCGGAGCAGAGUUACGUCUGAUUUCAUCAUGUCUUCUGAGGAAAAUGCUGCAAACCAGACUUCCCCCCAGAGCGAGGGGCCAGAGCAGCAUCAACAGAAUGUCGUGAGCAGGGUGGCCAACCUGCCCUUGGUCAGCUCCACCUAUGACAUGGUCUCCACGGCCUACACCUCCACCAAAGAGAAUCACCCGUACAUCAAAUCCGUCUGUGACGUGGCGGAGAAAGGCGUGAAGACCAUCACCGCCGCGGCUGUGGGUGGCGCCCAGCCCAUCCUGACCAAACUGGAGCCACAGAUUGCAACAGUGAAUGAGUAUGCGUGCAAGGGGCUGGAUAAACUGGAGGAGAAGCUGCCAAUUCUUCAACAGCCAACUGAAAAGGUUGUGGCUGACACCAAGGAGCUGGUGUCUUCCACCGUGACCGGUGCUAGAGAUGCCGUCUCCAACACAGUCAACGGAGCGAAGGAUGCCGUGACCGGGGUGGUGGACAUGGCCAAAGGAGCUGUCCAGGGUAGCAUGGAGAUGACCAAAUCAGUGGUGACCAGCAGCGUGAACACAGUCAUGGGGUCCAGAAUGGGCCAGAUGGUGGUGACUGGAGUGGAUGCCAUGCUGGGGAAAUCAGAAGAGCUGGUGGAUCACUACCUCCCCAUGACGGAUCAAGAACUAGCUAAACUGGCCACGUCUGUGGAAGGCUUCGACAUGGCGUCCGUGGAGCAGCAGAAGCAGCAGCAGAGUUACUUCGUGCGCCUGGGGUCCCUGUCCACCAAGCUCCGCCACCGAGCCUACCAGCACUCCCUGGGCAAGCUGAGGCAUGCCCGGCAGAGCACCCAGGAGGCUCUGUCCCAGCUCCACCAAACCAUCGAACUGAUUGAACAUGUCAAGCAGGGUGUGGACCAGAGGCUCCAUGACGGCCAGGAGAAACUACACCAGAUGUGGCUGGAGUGGAGCAGGAGGCAGUCGGAGGGGAAAGAGGACUCCGACACUGCGCAGCCAGAGGUGGAAUCUCGGACACUGGUCAUGUUCCGUGGCAUCACCCAACAGCUGCAAACCACCUGCCUGAACCUGAUGCCCAAUGUCCAAGGCCUCCCCACCAGCAUCCAGGAUAAGGUGCAGCAGCUCCGUCACAACGUCGAAGAGCUCCACGCGUCCUUCUCCGCUGCCCAUUCCUUCCAAGAUCUGUCCAGCGCCGUCCUGACCCAGAGCCGGGAGAGGGUGGCCAAGGCCCGGGAGUCUAUGGACGAGCUGCUGGACUAUGUGGUGCAGAAUGCUCCCCUGCCUUGGCUUGUGGGACCUUUUGCUCCCAGGCUGGUAGAGCUACCAGAAAUUCCAGCGGCUGGAAAGGAUGGGGAGGGGGAAGCGGCUGGCUGCACCGCCCAGCAAGGAGAAGAUGAGAAGAUGGACAGCACAGCUCAGCAAGCCUCCGUGCCAAAGGAGGACCCUUAGACGGCUCCGUAUACCUGCAGUUGGCUUCUUGUGAGGGAAAGAACUUGUAUACAAUUCACUUGUGUGGACACGGGGGGGCUUGUGUGUCACCUGCAUCUGGGGAAGGGUGGCAGGGUGUUAAUGUAGAUAAGCUGGCUGUGUGUGGAACUCCCUGUUGGCCUCACUUCUGAGACUCUACUCUCUUCCUUGCCAAUCUUUUGUGCCUUCUCUAGCUCCUCUGGGUGACUCCUUCCACAGGUGAACUCCAGCCCAUGGCAGAAGCAUCGCCUCAAAGCAAAGCCAGGGUGUCUCAAUGGGAACUCUAUCUGGAGGCUGUAAAGUGCCCUUAACUAGGGGCUUGCUCAGAGCAGGGCAGGGAGAGGACACAACCUUCAUGGCAAUAGCACUGAACUCCAGCAGCUAACGGACCUGUAAGAUUUCAGUUAUCCAGGCUCUUGACUACAUAACAGCCCCUGAGCACUGCAAACGGGAGUGCAAAGCCUGGAUUAGCUGUAGGGUUUGUUGCAGAACCUGACCCUCGUAGGGCCCAUUCCCUGGGCAGCUGUAUCCUUAAAUGCAAUCAAAAAAGGGAUCAUUAUUAAAAUAAAAAAUCUAUUCCCCCUGUUUGAAAUGUCCAGGCCUCCUCCUCUCAUGCUCUAAAGUGCUGUAAAGCCAUUUGAACCCUGACAGCCUGUGAAAUGACAGUUCUAGCCAAUAAAGCAGGAAUGACUCUGCCAUUGCAAAGAAGGCGUAAUUGGUGCUGCACUGUCCCAGAACUGAUCUUCCAAGGGGCUUGUAACUGAAAAUCAAUAGAGAGAAAUCUCGGGCUAAUUUUCCCUCCUGUAAGUGCCACUAACAGUUUGUAUCUUGUAGAAUAACUGGGUUUUUUCACAAUAAAAUGUAUUGGCAUUCA